AUGAGCACCGCUCUGCAAUCUAGCUUGGCAUCGGCCUCAGUCGGGCACACCCUAGAGGAGGUUGAAAGACUCGCAGGUCUCCCCUUGGUAGCAGGGGAGAGCAUCUUUGUUGGCCCAUUCGGAGUCCUUGGUCUGAAGACAGGGGAGCCAGAGGAGAAUACAGCCGUGGCCAGCCAAAAUGGAGUUCUGGCCCCCGCCGACGAUAACCCUGGUACCAGCGAUACCAUGUCGAUGAUGCUUCCUAGCUUUAUCUGCUAUGAGAAUUUGGAUCUAACUGACAUUUGCCUAGACUGGCCGGACCUGUUUGGCAUGGAUUCAUUAUGGCAAUGUCCGGCCUUUACUCCUCCGCCUGAGCCUUCAAUAUGGCAUGGACAGGUUUCCGAUGGUAUUACCGAUAAUCAGAGUUUGUCAUUGCACCCAAUGCCACCACCGUUCGAACUAGUCGGCAUUGAAAUGCCUGAAGUCGAAACCCUUUUAUUCCACUACAGACAACGAGUCAUUUGCGACAUGUUCUCCUUUCCACCACACGACAAGUCGCCCAUGGAAAUCAUGAACGCAGCCUCCGCUGUGGUUACUCUCGCAAACAUAAGAUACAUGGGCACUGAACGACUAACGCACGCAUCAAUGGAAAAUCUACUGGCUACCAGAAUCAGCAACUCUGCGUAUGCACAGGGGCAGGCUCACAUGAAACAUUCUCUUACUGUCGAGUUACGGCAGUCCAGACCUCCGAAAUACAAGGACCAGCUGAUGGCAUUGUCAGCGAUGCUUGGCUUUGCGACGACGCCCGCGCCUACCUGGUUGACUCUGAACGCCUUUUACGCCUCCGCGGCCUUGCCAAAAGGGUUGUAUCCCGAAAAUGCCGGUUACUCCACCGUCUACACAUGGAACAGAAUCCUAACGGAAAGCGCGUCAGUUCUAUACAACAAGCCAGGCAAAGGACAACUCGAUGGAGGUUGGAUAAGUAUUCCUCAGCACGGCCAACCUCCUCACCAAGAUAAAGAUACAGGGGAGGGGUUGGAGACCAAUCCGCGACCAAGCCUCGACCUAGACGACUUUCUCCGGCUGGGCUCGUCAUCCAUAUGCACCGAGCUAGGAUCCCAACGAGACCAUGGGAGUAGUCUCAACGAUAUUCACCUGGAAGACUCGCGCGAAGAUGCAAAAGCACUAUAUCGCCAGCUCUACGGCAAACAGAGUCGGCGGGACGCGGCCUUACUAGACUCGAUCCAGAAGAAGAAACAGUGGCUUGAGGAUAUGAUUUGGAAACUUGCUGCAACAGGGAGCUCGGGGUGCACCGGUGUGUCGAAAUCAGAGGGGAAGGCUGAACAGUCCCGGUGGUAUAUGGUGAAGGCGUUCAACCAGGGCCUACUUAUAUUCUUCUACCGACGGAUCCAGUACCUCGAUCCCCGACUUCUUCAGGCAUACGUUACAGACGUCAUCCAGUCGCUGAGGAAUUCUAAGGCGGUAUGCCGGACACAUAACGUCGAAGGAUCCGGCCAUGCCUGGCCGGCAUUCAUGGCCGGAUGCGAGGCAAUAUCCCAGACGGACCGAGACUUCGUGAGCAGCUGGAUGGACCAGGCAUAUUCGAAAACUGGCUUUCGCAGGUUCAAGACGUGCAAGGAGUGCAUGGAAAUGGUGUGGCAGCGGAGGAGCGAGGCGUAUCGUAAGAAGGAUCCGAGCGUGGCCGACCCGAAUUGGAGUUGGAUUGAUAUCUGCAGAGAGCAGGAUCUGCAUUUGAUGCUUUCAUGA